AUGCAGUUCUCCAAGAUUUCAAUUCUUGCUUUCCUGGCUACUGGUGCCGUAGCAACCCCGAUUCCUUCCCCCGACCUUGAUCCUCUCCAGAGCGUCAACGAAGCGCAUCUGUUUACACGUACCAUCAAACCACAAAAGGAUACUUGCAAGGGCAGAGGAAAGGUUUCGUGCUUUUUCCAGGGCUACACGUGCCAGAUUGUUCAUGGAAAGUGUAUAUUGAAUGACUAA